CGGUUAGUUCAGUUUUAGUACGUAUACCGCGUCCGCGCACCGCGGCGUCGGAUUCAGUAACCGGCGAGAUCAUUUCUUUUUUUUUUUUAACAAUACACUGUCCGACCACGCAAGUUUUAGGUGACUUUUAGUGAACAAUCGAUUAGAAAAGGGUAAAGACCCAAUCGUGAAUCGUGAUGUUCGAAUACGUUCGUACGUUCUAAGUGAUUCUUGCUUUGCGAAAGAUUUUUAAGUGAUAGUUCUUUUUUUUUGCAUCGCGACUUUUGCAUCCGAGUCCUGCGUAGCCGUGGAGUUCGGUUCGGGUGAAAUUGUUACCGGUAUUGGUCUCGUGGUAUCUGAUACCAAUUGGUCCAGUCAAGUUCAUUGUCGUGGUUAUCUUGAUUCAAAAACUGACGAGCAGGUAGAGAAGCGCAGCAUGCGCGGUGUCACGUGAUCAAUGGCGACCGCGCGCCCCCGCUCCCCGCAAGAUGGCCUCCGAAGACGACGCGAGCUCUCCAGGUCCCCUGUCGCCGUACGUGACGCUGGGUGCGGUGCGCUACACGGUCCGCCGCGUCCCGCCGCCGCGCGCCUGUCCCUGCCGCUGCUGCUCCGAGGAGGCGGUGGCGGCGUGCCUCGGCCGCGCCAAGCCCGACCGCCGCACGCUGGAGCGCUUCCAGCGCCGCCUGGGCCGCGGCUCGCGCGACGAGGCGAGGGCCUCGCGCCACCAGCUGCUGCGCGACCUCACCGAGCGCCUCAAGCCGCGCACGCACAGCGCCACGCCGCCGCCGCCACCGCCGCCGCCGCCACCGCCGCACUCGGCGCCCGUGCUGCCGCCCGUGCCGCCGCCGCGCACGCGCCACCGCCACAGUCCCGUGCGCGGCGUGUCCGUCGACCGCUGCGACGAGUUCGACGCCGACCAGAUCACUCUAGUCCGCGUCGAACCGCGGUCCAUCGUCGGCUCCUACGCCCAAAAGACUAUACCGUACCGAAGCGCGUCCUUCUCGCAGGGCGAUUUCGCGCAGGAGAAAUACUACCGCGGAAAGCAACCGUCCAUUUUCGACUUUGGAAAACGAAUAAAGAGAAAAGAUGAGGUCGAAUCGCCGCCAGGUCGCGACGACAUUACGACGACUGUGACAGAGGAACAUGUGACCGAAGGCGGGUCUGUCGCGUCCGUGGACUCCGCCGUGGGCUCGGACGAAGGCCUGAUCGUGAACGCGUCGCCGGCUCCGCGCAGCUCGCCCCCGGAGUCAGUGCACAAACAGCUGAGUGGGCGGUCGUUAACACAUCCGCUGCCGCGACGCGUGCCUCCUGUGCGGGAGGAGAGCUCGGUCGAUGGCGGCGGCAGUCUGCCCGCGUUGAUGCCGCCGCGAGUUUUACACGAACUUCGCGAAGAAAGUGACGGUUCACAAGCUGACAGUGCGCAGGCGCACAGUGAAGGAACCUCGCCCCUCGAACCCGCUCAGCCUUUCGCGUUCCCUCCCCUCCCAGCCCCACCCUCUAACGUUUGUGUGAAUGUCGACUGUGAAUGUGUAAACUUUCCGCCUCGUAAGGAAUCGCUAAGUGAUUUUGACGAUUCAAUUCCUAUACCUGUGCCUGUUUAUGAGUGUAUAGUGAAACAGUGGUCGAACGAUCUACCUGAAGAAGCUCAGCGUUCGGAUGUAGCAUCUGAUGGAUCUUUAGAUAGGGAUAAAGAAGACGAGACUAUAACGAGUGAGCAAGUUGCACAUUUGCUAGCAGCGGUUCAGAACCCGUGCUCACCGGCCCCGAUAAGUGUUAGAGAAAGACGACGACCGCUCGAUAAGACAAAAAGGAGAAAAGGUAUCUACAUAACAACCGCGAGCGAUGAUGGAGGUGAAGAAGACCCUCCCACUUCUUCAAUAAAUGGAUCGAAGCGAGAAAGCAGUGACGCGUCUCUUUCAGAUAUGCGUUUAUCAGCUGAAGCCAGAACGUCUUCCUUGCUCGGAGAUAAAUCUGACGACUCUUGUACGAACGGACCUCCGAGUCCUUGUGAAGGUACAAUGCCUAUGUGGCCAAGGUCAGAAGAGUUGAGGAAUAGACGGGCGAGAUUUUCCCAUCAAAGUUCAGAUGAAAGAGACGAAGAUACGUACCGUGUGAGAAGAAAGUAUGGCGUUACAUCUCGUGGGGACUCUCCGUCAGAAGCGGAGAGCGAUUCUUGCUCACGAGAUCGAACCGCUUCUCCUUCUCCUUAUAGCCCGUCGGACACAUCAGAUGUUGAACCAAGACGGCAGUUUUAUAGAAGUCCUUUUGGAAGGACUUUAGAAGCUCCUACAAGUCGAUCGGUCGAAGUGGGUCGGCGAAGUUUUUCGGACGCAACCGUACCUAGUCGAAAAGUAAGCACCGGUGCUUUGCCGAACGCUAGUAAUAGACCAAAAGGAGUAACGCAUGUAAGAGCUACCUCGUCACCUUCGAAAUUGGCAGGAGUCAAGUCGGGUACUGACUUGUUGGCUGAACUUCUGCGAGGCAGUUCUGAAGCUCUGUCAAAUUCUGCCACCUUCGACAACGUGAUACUGACUCUACAUCAGCAUAAUGACACACGGACACACGUCGUGGUCGAACUUUACGAGACUGAAAAGUCUUAUGUAGAGGCACUGGAGAUUUUAGUUAAGAAAUACCUCCAACCCCUCAAAAGCCCAGAGAAUGCUGGGCUCCUCGACGCGUUCGUGGUGGACGAGAUAUUCUACCAGGUGCCGGCCAUCUUGAACGUGCACCAAGUUUUUCUGGAGCAGUUGAGGCGGAGGCUGGAACAAUGGGACCUGCAGCAGAAGAUUGGAGACGUUUUCUUAGAUGUUUUUACAAAACCCACCGUAAUGGACACAUACAUGUCUUUCAUCAACAACCUGAAAAAAGCGAAGGAAACAAUCAAGACUUCGGCGGCUUCGAGACCAGCGUUUGCAAAAUUUCUCGACGCUAUGGCAAGGGAUCACAAGGGAAAACUAUCCCUGGACAAUCUUCUUAUCAAGCCAGUACAGAAGUUCCCAAGCUACAAACUGCUUAUACAGAGGUUGAUCAAACAUACAGAUCCAACACAUCCAGACCACAAAUUGCUGCUCGAAGCUCAAAAGGAGAUACACGAUCUAUUAGAGCUAAUAAACUGCACUGAAAGAGAAAGCCUAGAAUUAGAACAACAGCAACAAACAUUACGUGAACUGGAACAAAUGAUCGAGGGUCUAUCUAAUUUGGUCACUGCAGACAGGAUGUUUAUUAGACACGAAAUGGUUACUAUGCCCUCAGCUCAAGGAACCAUUAAAGAUAGAGCUCUUUUCCUCUUUAACGAUACUCUCUUGAUUACCAGUGUUAAAAGAAGAACUGGCACUAUAAAGAAACCCAUUCCAACAUACCAAAGUAGUAUAGCGAGUCAAAUGGAAGGCAAUAAGUACAAACUUUUGACGAGGAUAUCGUUAGCUGAUUUAGAAAUUGUUAAAGCCAAAGACGAAAAUCUUAGGCGAAUAAUGCACGAAGUAGAAACAUUAACAGAAGAUGUCAAUACCCUGACUCAAAUAUCAGAACAUGUGGCGGCGUUACAUACUCACCAUGCACAUUUAGAAGAGAUAGUAAGAGAAAUGUUGCAUACAGUCAACCGACAGCUAUCAGAAAGGCAGAAUAGUGACAUGCAGCUAUGUUAUAUGGAAAUUAGUGUUAAUACUUCGAGCGGCCCUGAGAGCCUUACCAUAAUAUUCCCCAAAACUGAAAAAAGGAGUAGUUGGGAGGAACUUAUUAAUGAGACCAAACAGAAGCUUUGUGUGUAUGGUCAAGAAAGACCAGCUCCCGAGUUCCUGUCACCAGUUCCAAUAAGGAAGACUAGAGCAGGAUUACAAUUUACCUGCGCCGCGCCCACGCUGCCUCCCAAAGGGCAGUCUCCUGAUGUUUGGGUCUGCAAUAGCGAUGGCUACGUGGGUCAAGUGUGCGUCCUCACGCUGUCCCCAAAACCUCAAGUGACGUCUUGCAACGGAGUCUGUAACGCCAGGAUUCUAUGCGUAGCCUGCGUCCCGCCGGCCCCAGCGCUCACCAGGCAACAGACCUUAGAUAUACCAAGUACAAGCUCAUUGAAUAGUACCGGAUCAACCAAACCCGGAAUCAGCAUAUCGGAUCCUGAUGAAAGCUGCAAGAAUAUACGACUAGACAGUUCAUCAUCAAGCGACGACGAAGACGACGGGUCCUCAACAUCAGAAAAUCAAGAUGCCUUAUCCGAAAGAAGCCAAGAGUCUGCCAGCCUCCGACUCCAUAGCAGCCUCACCUCCAGCCUUAACCAUCGAGGAACCCUGACUCCAAACCACAGCAAGAGUCUUAGCACGCCACACACAGGGCAGAAUAUCCCAGUACACCCAGUGAUGAAGUCCAAUUCAAAUCCAGCUGUUGAUAAACAGGCGAUGGGGAUUACUUCUGGUGAGAACUUAUUAGGUACCCUCUCAUCCCCUGCCAGUAGACAAUCAUCAGAGGACAGUGCAACCACGGCCAACCAGCCAACUAUGUGGCUUGGCACUGAGGACGGUUGUAUUCACGUGUACAACUGCCUGGAUAACAUCAGGAUAAAGAAGAACAAGGUCAAGUUGCAGCAUAAUUCUGGUGUUCAUUCCAUUGUGUACGUGGAGGGAAAAGUGUUUGUUGCUCUUGGAAAUGGCGACCUUGUGGUGUAUUGUCGAGAUAUCGAUGGGUCGUGGUCUGAGCGGUCGACGAUCCCCGUGGGUUCGGGCGCAACCCCUGUCAGCAGCAUGCUGUUGUCGGAGGGGCGGUUGUGGUGCGCCACGCACUCCUCCAUCAAAAUCAUCAACCCGCACUCUUUGCAGGUGGACGAAACAUUCCAAAUAAGUUCAGAAACUAAGCCGAUCAGCCACAUGGCGGUGGCGGGCGGCUCUAUCUGGCUGUCGCUGCACAACGCGGCGCAGUUGAGAUGCUACCACGCGACCAGCCGCGAGCAGCUCGCCGAGAUCAACAUCACGCCGCAAGUCACCAAGAUGUUACAUGGUUGCGACGACAUAAUCCGUCAGCACAAGGCAGCGUGUCUCCGAGUGACCGCGCUGCUGGCUCACCGCGAUACUCUAUGGGUGGGGACGAGCGCUGGCGUGCUGCUCACUGCUCCUCUACACAACUCACCCAAUGCCCGCACUGGGAGCUUCACUGUCCCACAACUCAGUGGUAUCACAUACGGGCAUACAGGCCACGUGCGAUUCCUGACAAUAGUAGAGAACCCAGUACCUCAAAAACCAACCACAAAACCAACCCAGAGCCUCAAAACAAAAGCGUUGAGUCGACGAUCCACAAAUGCGGAGAAACUUCAGAAACAAGCGGAAAACACACAGAACAAUAAGGAAACCUUAAUUAUCUCUGGUGGAGACGGCUACGAGGAUUUCAGGAGUUCAUCCAUGACAGAAGACGCUGGCAGAGAGGAUUCGACCAAUCACCUUCUACUUUGGAGAGUAUGAACGAUUUUCACGGCCUACAGGGUUUUUAAUGCAACACUGGGACCCGUGUUUCAGUUUUUGGACUUCAAAUUUUUGUCAUACUAAAGCUCUCACAGACAGAUGCGAAGUUUUAGAACAUCAUACGAUAUUU